GCACAGCAACAGCAACAGUAGCAGCAGCCGGUUUGGAUAAAGUAUGGCUGGGUCUACCAGACAAGCAGCCCAUAAGAUAGAAACAAGAACACGAACAGAUGAUGUUCUGUUGUAUGGUGGAGUCGAUUUCAGUUCUUUACUUCUUUCGAAGCCCGUCUUGGAAGGCUUAGCUGCCUCCGGAUUUCAAAGACCAUCUCCAAUUCAAUUGAAGGCCAUCCCUCUUGGGCGAUGUGGAUUAGAUCUCAUAGUUCAGGCGAAAUCUGGCACCGGAAAAACUUGCGUGUUCACCACGAUUGCGCUCGACACUCUGAUGCUGGAAAACGUUGCAACACAGGUCCUUGUGUUGGCGCCGACUAGAGAGAUCGCUGUGCAGAUCCACGCAGUUGUCAUGGCAAUCGGCAGUGCCAUGGAGGGGUUGGAGAGCCAUGUGUUCAUUGGUGGUCGGCCUGUUAGUCAGGACAAGCUCCAUUUGAAGAAAUGCCACAUCGCUAUUGGAUCACCAGGUCGGAUAAAGCAGUUGAUCGAGAUGGGAGCUCUGCUGACCUCAAGCAUCCGUCUGUUUGUCCUGGAUGAGGCGGAUAAGCUCCUAGAGGAGGGGAGCUUUCAGGAACAGAUCAAUUGGAUCUUCUCCUCUCUGCCAGUGAAUAAACAGAUGUUGGCACUGUCCGCCACUUAUCCAGAAUCCUUAGCACAGCACCUGUGCAGGUACAUGAGAGAGCCGACGUUUGUUCGACUGAACCCCACUGACCCUGGGCUCAUCGGCCUUAAACAGUACUAUAAGCUGGUGAGCUCUCAUGUCCUGCCUCAUAAGAUCUUUGAGGAAAAGGUGCAGAAUCUUCUAGAACUCUUCAGUAAAAUCCCAUUUAACCAGGCACUGGUCUUCUCUAACCUGCACACGAGAGCCCAGCACCUGGCUGAUGUACUCUCCUCCAGAGGUCUCCCUGCAGUCUGCAUCUCUGGAACUUUGAGUCAGGAACAGAGGUUGGAAGCGAUGUCGAAGCUAAAGCAGUAUCAGUGCAGAGUUCUUAUCUCUACUGAUCUGACUUCUCGAGGUAUAGAUGCAGAGAAGGUGAAUCUGGUGAUUAACCUGGAUGUUCCUCAGGACUGGGAGACGUAUAUGCACAGAAUCGGGCGUGCAGGGCGCUUUGGUACUCUGGGACUUGCUGUGACGUAUUGUUGCCAUGGAGAAGAGGAGAACACAAUGAUGGCCAUCGCUCAGAAGUGCAGCCUGACACUUGAGCUGUUACCAGAUCCAAUCCCAGUUGGGCUCAUGGAGGAGCCCUGUGACUGGGAUGUUAUCGUCCAGCCGCCCUCAAAAUCCAACCUCGCUCUUCCCUUGGGACCCAAAGUGGACAGGAAGAAAUGUACCAAAUCUGAGCCAGCAGCAUCCAGAGAGCCUCAGCAUUCUCUCCCCACCAAAGAGCAGACCCAGAAACCCAAUCCAGCAAAGACCCAACGACCCGCCAUCAGCAGAGUGGAAAGUGAGAAACCUGAUCCUGAUGGUCCUGUGGCUUUAUGCAGAGCACAGACUCCUCAGGACCUCAAUCCUGUGCCGGCCCUCACACGUAGGGAGAUGCAGGAGGCCCUGCCCAAGAUCCCGCCCCUUUCCUCCUUUAAGUCAUGUGCGGGGGCGACCAUGUCCCUAGCCGAUGCCAUGGCUGACUUUGAGACAUUUAUGACCACCGGCCCUGGUCGACACGUCGAAAUCAUUAAACGGUAUGGCAGUCAUGAUGAGAGCACUAUUAUGGUCAAUGGGCACCAUAAACGCUGUAAUGCCGACGAUGGUGAUGCCAACGAUGGUGAUGCUGACGAUGGCAAUGGCGAUCAUAAUGGAUCACGUGCACGCGAUGAAACGCUUGGCAUGACAGCUGGAAUGGCUUGUCCAUCCCAGGGGUCAGUAGGAAUGGCCAGUUACCCCACAAUGUCGAAAUGCCUGUCUGACAGCUCCUCUUCCUCUAGCGGGUCUGAAAUGGAAACUGAGGAAAAGACAGAUGCCUCUGCUUCUAGCUCCCUGUCGAGCAUCGCACAGCGACACAGCGUAUCUGUGCAACCGCUUCCAAAUGGCAGACAACAACACGGCGUGGAACCUUCCCUGCAUGCAGCCUGUGCAUCAGAGCCGACCAUCAAACCCAGACCAUGUCCUGCCAAAGCUCUUAUCAAGACUAAUCACCCUAAUUAUCAUUCUCAAGCUCUUCCUCACCGCCAUUUGAUGUCUGUGCUUGAGGGAAUGAGAACUGGGAAACCAGCCAAGGGAGGCGAGGCCAGCCGGGGGCGCCCAAGAAGGAGGGAGGAGGAGGAUGAGGAUGAAGAAGAAUACUCUGAGGAAGAGGAGGGAGAGGUGAAUCAUUAUUGGCGAGAGUAUUACCAAGCAUGGGAGGAUUAUUACAGCUCUCUGAGUUCAGCCUAUCACUACCAUAGAGCCUAUAACUGGAUGGCAGCUUACCGCAUGAAUGUUGUGUAUAUGAUGGAAAUGAUGAAACACUGAGUUAUCCACAGCAACAAAACAAGGCUGCACUUGACUCAUAGGACGAAACACCAGAAAUCAGGACUCUAAUGAGGCUUGGUAAAUGUAGGCCAAGCAACAGCUUAAGUUUCAGAGGCAAGAGUCUUUCCUUGUAAAUUACACAUGGUCACUCCAGGAAAAGCCCUGAGAGAUUGGGAACUGUGCAUGGACUAUUGUUGUAAACUGACCUUCAUGUGACUUCAUGUGUCUCCUGACACUUAAACACACCAGGCAGAGUUCAUAAGGCAUUGCUCACAAGUCUUCAAAAAUGGUCCAAGAGUUUUAUGUGUAUAUAAUGAAUGACUAAUAAAGAUCUCCUGAAUUACA